AUGGUCUACUCUUGGGAUGAUAAAGAGGCUAUAUGCUAUCAGCUAUAUGUCGAGGAGCGGAGGAGCUUGGAAGAGGUUAUGUCGUAUUGGGAGAUACGCGGGUUUACUCCAAGCAAGCGCGCUUUUCAGACGCAGUUCAAGCGAUGGGACUUCCCCUCAAAACAGAAUCCAGCGCACAAGAAUCCCGCCCUCGUUGCGCGCCUCCAGCAAUUAUGGGAGCUGAACUACACACAGAAGGAUAUGGUCGACACGCUACAGGCUGAAGGCUUCCAGAUCAACGACCGCGAACUGCUGCGCUUGCGCCUGAGGCUUAAGCUCUUACUUCGAGAAAGUGUCUCCAGACCAAAGAAGCAGAAGACUGCUGGAGGGAGGGUACAAAAGAGGCCGAAGAAGAAGCCUACCAAAGUUCUGCCUGGCAAAGGUUUGAUCAACCAGCUUGGGAAUGCGAUUUUGGCAGAGGAAUCGACGAGCGACGACGAAAGCGAAGAGGAAUUCGAGGCUGCUGAAGGAGAAGAUGAAGAGGAAGCCAGGGCAUCCGUGGAAGAGGCUCGACCUAUAGUGCCCGAACCUGACAUCACAGGUUUGAGCGCUGAAGAGGUGCUACGAAAGCAACUGCGUCAACAGCGGCUUCAGGCCGAGAGCGACGAGAAAUGGCGUACACGGAAACGAAGACGUCGAACACGAGGCUGGGCCGGACUGCCAGCAGACGCCCCCGGCGAACCUCCACGAUUCCCAUCCGAGACUACCAUCGACGAAGCCAAAGCCUACCUCGGUUUAAACAACGACAAGUACCGCCAAGUUCGAGAGUGCUUUCUUCACAUGUGCAAGGAGCAAGACGUUACCAAGAAAACCAUUGCCGGCCCGGAGAAGUGGUCGCAGAUUGUACAGCAGCUCAUUCAGGGCGAUACACACUUGGCCCAAGUCUUUGAACAAGAGCCAGAAGUACUGCAGAAUAACGACGCACUUUUCCGUCCGAAAGGUCAGAGGGCGCUGUCAAUUGAUGUUAUUUGCAUGGACGUCACAAAACGCUUACGAACAAUGGAUGCACGCAUGACUCUCGCCGAUGCGAAGAACCUCCUUGGUCUCAAUCCUGAACAGACACGGCACGUACGAAACACCUUUGCCAACAAGUUGAAAGCAGCUCAGUUCACAAAUAAGCAUGAAGCUGGCGAGGAACGUUGGACAGAGUUGAAGCAAGCUUGGGUCAACGAGUCUGAGAACCUCGUGAGAGCACUCGCACACGGAGAGGAUGAUCCAGACUAUACGCGGAAGCUACGUGCUCUCGAGGUGCUGGCUCGAGACGUCAUGAAGCGGCAACAGCAGGAAAAUACUGCCAAAGACCCCAACAAGAAGAAACAGGUUCAUCAAGGACCUGGGCCAGGGCCAGCGCCGCCUAUCGUAGCUCCGCACCCGACAAUCCUAGGUAACAAGGGGAGACCUCACAUCAGUGUUGGUCGGAAGGAAACACCGCGGACUUCGUACACUGCCGCACCCUCCUUGUCCACUGCUUCAGACCUGCAGAUCGACCCGUCUCUUCUGCUAGCUGCGAGCGACGCCGCAAUACUUCCCGUCCCCGACCACACACCUCAGUACCACUACCAGCCCGGUCAAUACCAGCCAGCCACUCAGCAUCAUCAUCCACACCAGCAGCAUAGUUCGCAUAAUCAUUACCAGCAAGAAUACUACCCAGCUGCCUCGAACAUGCCCGUGCCGCUGCCAGUGUACUUCCGCUUACAUCCACAUUCCUCAACUCCUUUCCCUGCCAAAUCAGUCUGGCUCUCUAUGAUUCACACACCCUCGGUCGUCGAACUACGAGAUCUAGCGAUGCGCGAGCACCCGGGUACUAUGGUACAUAAGAUCGAAGGCUUGAUCACAUACAGAGGCAAUCGGGCAGACCGCGAGGUUGCAGUUGAAGUAACAGACGACGGAGAGCUGGGUGCAUAUCUAGGACAUGUGAAAAGAGGCGAGGAAGGAGUGGCUCAGGGGAAAGCAACAUUUAUUGUGUUAUUAGGACCUGGUGGUGAGGAAGGGUAUACAUAG